UUGAAGAGUAGCCAAUUUCUCCAAACAUGGCCAACAUUUGGCCUCAACUAGUGUGUGCCUUGGCACUAUGCUUGCUGGCUGCUCAAGUAGCUGCUGAUAAAGACGACCUUUACGAAUAUUCAUCACCGCUACCACCUAUAUCACCUUAUUAUCCUCCUGCAUAUUAUUACAAAUCUCCACCACCACCACCACCUCCUCCCACACGUCCACCAUAUAUUUACAAAUCCCCACCACCUCCAUCACCUUCACCUCCUCCCCCUUACGUCUACAAGUCUCCACCUCCCCCAUCUCCAUCACCCCCUCCCCCAUACAUUUAUAAGUCUCCUCCUCCACCAUCUCCUUCACCACCUCCACCUUAUGUCUACAAGUCCCCACCACCUCCAUCACCAUCUCCACCACCACCAUACAUCUAUAAGUCACCACCCCCACCAUCACCAUCCCCACCUCCACCUUAUGUCUACAAAUCCCCACCUCCCCCAUCACCAUCACCCCCUCCCCCUUACAUUUAUAAGUCUCCUCCUCCACCAUCAUCUUCACCACCUCCUCCAUAUGUCUACAAGUCCCCACCACCCCCAUCACCAUCUCCACCACCCCCAUACAUCUAUAAGUCACCACCUCCACCAUCACCUUCCCCACCUCCACCUUAUGUCUACAAGUCCCCACCACCUCCAUCACCACCUCCACCUUAUGUCUACAAGUCCCCACCACCUCCAUCACCAUCUCCACCUCCACCUUAUGUCUACAAGUCACCACCCCCACCAUCACCUUCCCCACCUCCACCUUAUGUCUACAAGUCCCCACCACCUCCACCACCAUCUCCACCGCCACCUUAUGUUUACAAAUCUCCACCUCCCCCAUCACCAUCACCCCCUCCCCCUUACAUUUAUAAGUCUCCUCCUCCACCAUCGCCUUCACCACCUCCUCCAUAUGUCUACAAGUCCCCACCACCCCCAUCACCAUCUCCACCACCCCCAUACAUCUAUAAGUCACCACCUCCACCAUCACCCUCCCCACCUCCACCAUAUGUUUACAAGUCCCCUCCACCUCCAUCACCAUCACCUCCCCCACCAUACAUCUACAAGUCCCCACCACCUCCAUCACCUUCACCUCCUCCCCCUUAUAUGUACAAGUCUCCACCUCCUCCAUCUCCGUCUCCCCCUCCUCCAUAUAUUUAUAAGUCUCCUCCUCCACCAUCUCCAUCACCACCACCUCCCUAUAUUUACAAGUCUCCACCACCCCCACCCCCAUCUCCACCUCCUCCAUAUGUCUACAUGUCCCCACCACCCCCAUCACCAUCUCCACCACCCCCAUACAUCUAUAACUCACCACCUCCACCAUCACCUUCCCCACCCCCACCUUAUGUCUACAAGUCCCCACCACCUCCAUCACCAUCUCCACCUCCACCCUAUGUAUAUAAUUUUCCACCACCACCAUCUCCAUCGCCACCUCCUCCCUAUGUAUAUAAGUCUCCACCACCACCACCGCCUUCACCACCUCCUCCCUACAUCUAUAAAUCCCCACCACCACCAUCUCCAUCACCACCACCUCCUUACUACUACAUGUCUCCACCACCCCCUUCUCCCUCACCACCCCCUCCUCCAUAUUACUAGACAAAUUAAAUUAUGUUUUUUAUAUUCAUAUUAUGUAUUUAUGAAGAGAAUAAUUGCUGCAAGAAGCACUGAAAUGAUUUCUUGGUGGCUCAUAUUCAUUCAUUCUGUCUCAAUGAAACACCCUUCUCAAGAGCUAGAACGACCAACGUGAACGUGAUGCUUCGCAGUGUUUAUAGAAAAAGACCUUUUCUUUGUUCCAGUUUCAUUACUCCAUCGGUUCAUGUCUGUAAUGGAGUGAUUAUUUUUGUUGUAUGUUCGCUUCUUUUAUACUUAUUAUUAUUAUUAUACGCCCUUAAAUAUUUCCUCAA